AUGGCUCCUCCUGCCGCGGGGGGCGCAGCCCGUAGCCCCCGGCUCCCGGGGGUGACGACCCCCCUGCUGCCGCCGCUGCCGCUACUGUUGCUGCUGCUGCUGCCGCCGCUGCUAAGGGGGAGCGCCGCGCUGGAGAUCCAACGGCGAUUCCCCUCGCCCACCCCGACCAACAACUUCGCUCUGGACGGCCCCGGAGGGAAGGUGUACCUGGCAGCGGUGAACAGGCUCUACCAGCUGUCCGGUCCCAACCUGAGCCUGGAGGUGGAGGAGGCUGUGGGGCCGGUGCGGGACAACCCGCUAUGUCACGCCCCGCAGCUGCCCCAGGCCUCCUGCGAGCACCCCAAGAUGCUGACCAACAACUACAACAAAAUCCUUCAGCUGGACCCCGGGCAGGGCUUGGUGGUGGUCUGCGGCUCCAUUUACCAAGGCUUCUGCCAGCUGAGGCGCCUGGGUAACAUCUCGGCCGUGGCCGUGAGCUUCCCCCCGACGGCUGACGGCUCCGAGCCGGUCACGGUCUUCCCCAGCAUGCUCAACGUAGCAGCCAACCACCCCAAUGCCUCCACCGUGGGCCUGGUGCUGGAACCGCCGUCGGGGGUCCUUGGAGGGGCCAGUCCCGGCGGGACCCGGCUGUUGGUGGGAGCUACCUACACCGGCUUCGGGAGCCAAUUCUUCCCGCGGAACCAAAGCCUGGAGGACCACCGCUUCGAGAACACCCCGGAGAUCGCCAUCCGCUCCCUGGACACGCGUGGCGAUCUGGCCAAGCUCUUCACUUUCGACCUCAACCCCUCCGACGACAACAUCCUCAAGAUCAAGCAGGGGGCCAAGGCCCUGCACAAACUGGGCUUCGUCCGCGCCUUCCUGCACCCGGGCAGCAGCGCCGGCCCGGAGGCGCCCCACGGACGGGGCGGGUCCCGGGCCCCCACCACCCCAGCCUAUGCCUACCUGGCCCUAAAUAGCGAGGCCAAGGCGGGAGACAAGGAGAGCCAGUCUCACAGCCUUCUGGCCCGCAUCUGCCUCGGCUGGGGGCCGGCCGGGGGGCCCGGCGGGGCCGCCGCCGAGACCAAGAAGCUCACCGAGUCCUACAUCCAGCUGAAGUUGCACUGCGGCGGGCCGGCGGGCGGCGAGGUCUUCAACCGUCUGGUGUCGGUGUUUCCGGCGGCGCCCGGGCCGAGCCGGCCCGAAGACCUGCUGUUCGGGGUGUUUGAGCGGGCCGCCCCUGGCGGCACCGGGGGUGCGGGGACCCGCGCCCAGUCCGCCCUCUGCGUGUUCCGCUUCAGGGACAUCGAGGGCGAGAUCCGGGCGGCUCGGAACGCGUGCUUCGUGGACCCCUCUCCCGACGUGGUCGCGGUGCUGGAGAGCGUAGUUCAGGGCACGGGCCCGGCUUGCGAGAAGAAAAGGAACAUCCAGCUCCAGCCAGAGCAGCUAGACUGUGGUGCGGCUCAUCUCCAGCAUCCGCUCUCCAUCUUGCAGCCUCUCAAGGCCACGCCAGUGUUCCGCUACCUGGGGCUAACUUCUGUGGCCGUGGCCAGUGUCAACAACUACACCGUUGUGUUCCUGGGAACAGCGAAUGGAAGGCUCCUCAAGAUUAACCUGAACAGCACCAUGAAUAUCAUGAGCAGGAAGUCCAUCACGGUGGCUUACGGGGAGGCCGUGCACCACAUCAUGCAGUUUGACCCCUCGGAUCCCAGCUACCUCUAUGUCAUGACGUCCCACCAGAUGGCCAGGGUAAAAGUUGCCGUGUGUGAUCAAUACACCACCUGCACAGACUGCCUGGCUGCAGAGGAUGCUUACUGCGGCUGGUGUGCCAUGGAGACCAGGUGCUCCCUCCAGCACGAGUGUGUCAAUGCCAGUCAGCCCCACUUCUGGACCAGCGCCAGUGAGGGCCUCCAGCGCUGUCCCUCCAUGACCAUCCUGCCCUCGGAGAUCAACAUCCACCAGAAGUAUUCGGGUAUGAUCAUCCAGAUCAGCGGCAACAUGCCCAGUUUGAGUGGGAUGGAGAUGGUCUGUGACUAUGGGAACGGCAUCCACACCAUGGCCAAGGUCCCUGGCUCAGACUUCAGGCACCAGAUAGCUUAUUGCAACUUCCUUCCUAGGGACAAGUACCCUGAAUUUCCAUCAGACCAAGAUCACGUGACCGUCCAGACAGCUGUGCAAGUCAAUGGCAGAAACAUCGUCUGGGCCAAUUUCACCAUCUAUGAUUGUACCCGCACUGGACGAGUCUACCCUCAUACAGCAUGCACCAGCUGUCUGUCUACCCGAUGGCCCUGUUUCUGGUGCACUCAGCAGCAUACCUGUGUCUCCAACGUGUCGGAGUGUGGGAACACACCAAAUCCCACGGUCAGCCAGGACUGCCCUCGGAUCCUGCCCACACCGCUAGCUCCGGUGCCCACCGGGGGCCUGCAGAACAUCUAUGUCUCCCUGGCCAGUACUGCCUUCUUCUCCCAGGGUGUCUCUCUGGCCUGCAACUUUGGAAGUGAUGAGACCUUUGAGGCCACGUGGAUCAAUGCUUCAGAAAUCCAGUGCAGCGAUGUCGUGCUCCACACCCCUCAAAGGAGCCAGAUUUUCCCAGUAAACCUUCAGCUAAAGGGCAAACCAGACCGAUUUAUUGACAGCCCCGAGAAGAUGACAGUGGAGGUCUACAAUUGCGCCAUGGGGAGCACAGACUGUUCCCAGUGCAUGGGGAGGGAGGACCUGGGCCACCGAUGCAUCUGGAGCGAGGGCUGCAGACUGAACCACCAGCUCCAGCCAGUCACGACGGUCUGCCCUGCCCCGGAGAUCAGGAAGAUCGAGCCCCUGAGCGGCCCCCUGGAAGGAGGGACCCUUCUGACGAUCCGUGGAAAGAACCUGGGCCGCAGAUUCAGUGAAGUGGCCCACAGCACCUGGAUCGGUGGCGUGGCCUGCGAGCCCCUCCCGGGCAGAUACGUCGUCUCCGAGGAGAUCGUUUGCUGGACUGGCCCAUCGCCCACCCCCUUUUCCGAUGUUGUAACCGUGAACGUGAGCAAGGAGGGGAAGUCGAGGGAACGCUAUUCUUACGUGCUUCCAGUUGUCUAUUCCAUGGAGCCAGAUGUUGGCCCAAAGGCCGGGGGCACCAGAGUGACUAUCCGAGGGAGUGAUCUUGGAGUGGGAUCCGAACUCCAUGUCCUGGUCAACGAUACCAAACAGUGUCUAAAUCUUGUGCGCACGGACACCACCAUCACCUGCACCAUGCCGAGGGGGGAGCUGCUCGCCACCGUGAGGGUCUGCGUGCGUUUCGAGCACAAAUCAUGUAUCAGCAGCAACAUCACCUUCAACUACAUGAGAGACCCAGUCAUCACAACCAUCAGUCCCAGAAAGAGCUCAGUCAGCGGGGGGAGGACCAUCACGGUGGAGGGCAGCCGCUUCGACAUGGUGCAGAACGUGUCCAUGAUGGUGAAUCAAAUUGGCAAGGAGCAGACGCUCUGCAAGGUCCUUAACUCCACCCUCAUCACCUGCCCCUCCCCUGGAGCCACCGCCAACAAGUCAGCCCCUGUGAACUUCUUCAUCAAUGGGCAGCCGUAUGAGGAUGAGCAGGUGGCCAUGGAAGACCCCGGAGAGCCCAAGAAUGUGCUUCCCAGCAGCAGGUUCAGCUUGGAGUAUCUGCCCGACCCCCAGUUCUCCACCGCCAAGAGGGAGAAGUGGAUCAAGCACCACCCUGGGGAGCCCCUCACCCUGGUCAUCCAUAAAGAACAUGACAACCUGGGCCUGGAGAGUCACGAGUACCAGGUGAAGAUUGGCCAGACUUCCUGCGAGAUCCAGAUCGUGUCGGACAGAGUCAUCCACUGCUCAGUCAACGAGUCCUUGAGCACCUCAGAGGGGCACCUGCCCAUCACGAUCCAGGUUGGAAAUUUCAACCAGACCAUUGCCACAUUGCAGCUGGGCGGGAGCGAGACAGCCAUCACCGUGUCCGUGGUCAUCUGUAGCAUCCUGCUCCUCCUGUCCAUCGUGGGGCUGUUUGUUUUCUGUACCAAGAGCCGCAGAGCUGAGCGAUACUGGCAGAAAACCUUGCUGCAGAUGGAGGAAAUGGAGUCCCAGAUCCGUGAAGAAAUCCGCAAAGGCUUUGCUGAAUUGCAGACAGACAUGACAGACUUGACCAAAGAGCUGAACCGAAGCCAGGGCAUCCCCUUCCUGGAAUAUAAGCACUUUGUGACCCGGACUUUCUUCCCCAAGUGUUCCUCCCUCUAUGAGGAGUGCUACAUUCUGCCUUCUCAGCCGCUCAACUCCCAGGGGGGAGCUCAGGUCCAGGAAACUCAUCCACUACUUCUGGGGGAGUGGAAAAUCCCUGAGAGCUGCCGGCCCAACAUGGAGGAAGGGAUCGCCCUAUUCUCCACCUUACUCAACAACAAGCACUUCCUCAUUGUCUUUGUCCAUGCUCUGGAGCAGCAGAAGGAUUUUGCUGUUCGAGACAGGUGCAACCUGGCCUCCCUGCUCACCAUCGCUCUGCACGGGAAGCUGGAAUACUACACCAGCAUCAUGAAGGACCUGCUUGUGGACCUCAUUGAUGCCUCAGCCUCCAAAAAUCCCAAGCUGAUGCUUCGCCGGACUGAGUCUGUGGUGGAGAAGAUGCUCACCAAUUGGAUGUCCAUCUGCAUGUACAGCUACCUGCGGGAGACCGUGGGUGAGCCCUUCUUCCUGCUCCUGUGUGCCAUCAAACAGCAGAUUAACAAGGGAUCCAUCGAUGCGAUCACCGGGAAGGCUCGCUACACGCUUAACGAGGAGUGGCUGCUGAGAGAAAACAUCGAAGCCAAACCCAGAAACUUAAACGUGUCCUUCCAGGGCUGUGGUAUGGACUCUUUGAGUGUUCGGGCCAUGGACACGGAUACGCUGACUCAAGUGAAAGAAAAGAUCCUGGAGGCUUUCUGCAAGAAUGUCCCCUACUCCCAGUGGCCCAGAGUGGAAGAAGUUGACUUGGAGUGGUUUGCUUCAAGCACCCACAGUUACAUUCUACGAGACUUGGAUGACACGUCUGUAGUGGAAGAUGGCCGAAAAAAACUCAACACCUUAGCACAUUACAAGAUCCCUGAAGGAGCUUCACUGGCCAUGAGCCUGACAGACAAGAAAGACGGCACUCUGAGUCGAGUGAAGGAUUUGGACACUGAAAAAUAUUUUCAUUUAGUGCUUCCUACUGAUGAACUGAUUGAGAGUAAGAAGUCCCACAAGCAGAGUCAUAGGAAAAAGGUUCUUCCUGAGAUCUACUUGACCAGGUUGCUCUCAACCAAGGGCACACUGCAGAAAUUUCUCGAUGACCUGUUCAAAGCCAUUCUCAGCAUCCGAGAAGACAAGCCUCCCUUGGCCAUCAAGUAUUUCUUUGAUUUCUUAGAAGAACAGGCUGAGAAAAGAGGGAUCACGGACCCAGACACUUUGCACAUUUGGAAAACCAACAGCCUACCUCUGAGAUUCUGGGUCAACAUUCUCAAGAACCCCCAGUUUGUCUUUGACAUCGACAAGACUGAUCACAUAGAUGCCUGUCUUUCUGUCAUUGCACAGGCUUUCAUUGACGCCUGCUCCAUCUCCGACCUACAGCUUGGCAAGGAUUCACCAACCAAUAAGCUUCUCUAUGCCAAGGAGAUUCCUGAAUACAGGAAAAUCGUGCAGAGAUACUACAAACAGAUCCAUGAUAUGACUCCCCUCAGCGAGCAGGAAAUGAAUGCCCACCUUGCUGAGGAAUCUCGGAAAUAUCGGAAUGAAUUCAACACUAAGGUCGCCAUGGCUGAGAUUUAUAAAUAUGCCAAGAGAUACCGUCCUCAGAUUAUGGCUGCACUCGAAGCUAAUACAACUACGCGACGCACCCAGCUGCAGCACAAGUUUGAGCAGGUCAUUGCCCUCAUGGAGGAUAACAUCUAUGAAUGCUGCAGUGAGGCUUGAGACCUUCUCCUCCACCGGGCUGGCCCUGCCCCACCCCCACCCCCUAGAAGUGACCUUCUGCUAUCUAGUGCACUGCUAACUCUGAGACGUCUUUAAAAAAAAAAAAAGUAUAUAUAUAUAUAUAUAUAUAUAUAUGAAUAUAUAUAAUAUAGACAAUAAAUAUCUAUUUUAUGGUGUGCUGUAUGGUGAAAAAAAGGAAGAAAAAAAAACAGCAACCCAGGAAUGAAGGCCCCAAAACACAAUAUAAAAUGGGAGACCCACUGAAGCCAUGUUUUGUCUUUGAUUUAUUUUAUUUUUCAAACCACUUGCACAGCCCGGAGCUGAAGAAGAAAAUAGAUAUCUAAUAGGACUCCACCAAAAAACAAAACAAAAAAAAAAACCUUCCCUCAGCUGGGGCAACUGUUUCUCAGAGACUCCCCUUCGAGAGAGAGGAGCUGGUCACUCAGAGAGAUGGAAUCCUGGCCCAACCUGAGCCACAGUUGGGCCACCUCCAAGCCACUGCCUCCCACAGACUUCAAUCCUUUGUCAUCCUCUUCCUCAUGGCCCAGCUCCUACUAUACAGUCUUUUCAUCUAUUUCCUCUUUCACAGGGUCACCUGCCCCAUAAGUGGAGGGCAGGGGGAGGGGAAUGGAUGGAAUGGUGUCCUGGGACCAGCUACAACACCGGGCUAGAGAGUUGAGGGACUUACCAUAGGUGGAAACAUGCUCCUUCUAUCCCCUAAUGUCUUCUGCCUUGACUCCUCCUCCCCCAAACUUGGGGCUACUGGUACCUCGCAGAUGCUGACCCCGGGAUGAGGAAUAAAGUCUGCCCACCUGCACACACACACAGACUCACACCCUACCCCCGGGCACUGAAGAUGGCUUCCUUCACCCAGGCUUUCCAGCGCUCAGCCAGAACUGCACAAGGGGUGACCCUAGACCAGGGCACCUGGAAGAACUGUCUGGAAGGCCAAGCAGGGGACGGGUAUCAGGGCUCUGAUCAUCCCCAUCACCAGAGGGGUACCAGCGCCAAUCCAAUGCUACCUCAUCCAAGCUAGGCCCUGGAGGGGAGACACCGGCAUUGACCACAAUGUGCCACCAGCCUUAACAAGCAAACUGCCAUUUUAUUUGUUCUUUGAUUCAUUGAUGAGGACGAGAUCCCGGAUCGAAUGGGGGAGAGAGAGUUGGUUUGCAGGCGUGUCACCCAGAUCUGCAGUUUCCAAGGCGCUGCUGGGCAUCCCGACUGGGAUGGUGACAAUUUCAAGUUUCACACGGACGGGACAAGCUGAUGGAAGCUGAGAUGGUGAGAACAUAUGGACGAGAAGCCGCCUCCCAUGACAAAUAGGAAGCCAGGCCUGCACGUAUUCCACCACAGACCAGUUUUCCCUUGGCUACGUGUCUGGAAUAAUGUUCUGGACGGACAGACCAGGGUUCUGCGAGUAGCCGGACCCACAGAGGAAGACGGAACAACAAGGGGGCAAAGAAACACUGGGGAUUAAAAAAUAGGUGGCUCUGAGAGCGUGCCUAUUGGCAGAGAGGAAUUUCCAGGUGAACCAAGGUUGUAGCUGGGCUACGCUGGACUUUCAAAAGAGGUUUCUAAAAAUAGCACCACUUUUUUUUUGCUAAGUUUUUUAUAAAACACACACACACACACACAUCACACACAAACUGUGAAUAGCUGCCAGGUUGCGUGAAGGAUACAGAGGCUGAUAGAAGGAAUGAAAUGGGAAGAUGGGAAUUUUGUAGCAAAUAUGGGAGGGAACAGUACUCCUCCCUCACCCCAUCCCCAGGCCUAGAAAUGCCUGGAAUGGGGCAAUCUUCACUUGACACUGGAAAGGUAACAUUCCUCAGAAAGCAGUGCUCCUCACAGGGGUGACAGAGGGAGGUUAUACCCAAUUCCCCGCUCCCUGGUUUAAAAAGCCAAAAAAGCAUUUUAAAUUAAAGGCAUCUCUCUCCCCCAACACACCUUCACGUUGGUCCUUUUGGGAAAGAGACCCCAAGCCCCUGGCUUUUCUUUCCUUUCGUGGAAUGAUGGGCAAAGGGUAUCUAUACUGCUGUUCAAGAGGAUGGGUGGGGAGGGGGGAGCUUCGGAAACUUCUUUGUAAUAAAAACAAGAUGAGAGAAUAUGUGGCUGUGACCAUUUACUAUGAAAGGGCAGAACCAAUGAGAACCAGGGCUCCAUGGCCUGGCAGGGACUACAUGCAGAGACCACAUUAGGAGGAGGGAGGGGAAGUACUCCCUCCUCUUAGUUUUCCCUUCCCAGUUCCCUCAACUAAUCACAUGACAUGGAUUCAAAACUUUUAACCGUCCUCUGUAUACUCCAGCCUACUAAUUUUUUUUAACUGCGGCACCCAGAAUCGAACAUAACACCCAAGCUGAGAUCUGAAUAACAGAAGACAGUGAGACUAUCACCUGCCUCCCUUUUCCUGAAAGCUCUUUUGGCUGCUCCCUUACACUGUUGACUAAUUGAGCUUGCAAUCCACUAAAAACCCCAGAUUUUUUUUUUUUUUUUAGAAAAAUUGCUAACUAACCUCGUCUGCCUUUUGUACUCAAAAAGUUGAUUUUUUUUCUUAAUAUCCACAGAUAAAUCUUAGCUUUUAUUACAAGCAAAUUUCAUUUUAUUACAUUUAGUCCUGUCAUCCUAUAUUAGCUGUCUCAAUCAGCACUGUCAUCUGCAAAUUUGAUGAGUAUGGGCCCCCCCCCCAUGUCUUUAUCCAGGUUAUUCAUAAGAAUGUUAAAUUGUGCAGAACUAAACAGAUCUCCAGGGGACUCCACUGGAGACUUCCUCCUGCAUUGACAUCAAAUCAUUAACUAUUUGAGUCUCUUCUGGCUCUAAAUAAAGCCUAUGCUCUUUUUCCCAGGUAAGCCUGGACCAUCCAAGUGGAGUCUGCACUAAGACAGUAACCGCCGUCUCACUGACUGCUGUACUGAGUUUCCCAAUCCCUUCCACAACCAGGGCAGUCUUAUUUAUUCAAAGGGAAUUUUGUUUUUUAUAAGCAGCCUCAUCUACUCAUCUCAUUGCUCUAGGGCCUGACAGUUUAAAAUGUGUUUUGGUAUUUGAGAUCGCACAUUUUUCUAAGAUUAGUGACUACAACUAUAUAUACACACACCCACACGAUCACAGACUUAGAACUGGAAGGGACCAUGGAGUCCAAUCCCCCUAUUUUAGAGGUGAAAAAAAAAAAAAAAACAAAGGCCAAGAGAAUUUAAGUAAUUCCCUAAAGCCACACAAUUUAUAAGCAUCAAAGUCAGGAUAUGAACACAAUCCAGACUCCAAGUUCUCUUCCCCCGUGUUUCUUUUUUUUUUAAGCUUGAAUUAAACUUAGUAGAAAAUACCAGGGAGGUACUGUUACAAAAAUCAGCAAACACACGUUGGAAUUAUGAUGUCAUCUAAAUAUUUUUAAUCAGUCAUUUAUAAGUUUAUUAAAGGAAAUUUAUAAAUAUGGGGAUGUUUAAAAGCAAAUCCUUAACCUCUCUGGGGCCAUGAAUAAGAACAAUAGCUUCUCCCACUGAACAUCUUUCAGUGUUCCCAGUGAUUGGCGAUUGAGUCAGAAGGAAGGAAACGCACAAGAGAAGUGGAAGGAAGGAAGAAGGGCAAACACCAUGAGAAUGAUACAACAGAACGGUUAUUAGCUUUUAUUAUUCACUGGGUUGAAAAACCAAUGGAUCAUACAGGCAUCAGUUCAUAGAGCUUAAAGAGAUCUUAGAACCCAACCCAUUCCUUUUAUAAAUGAGGGAACUGAAGCCCUGAAAGGGAAAAUGAUUUGAUCAAGAUCACAUAAAUAGUUAAGCUACCUGGGUUCUGGCUUUGCCUUUCUAUAAUGCUGGUCUGGCAUUCUUUCAGUCACUUAAUCUUUCUUACUUUGCUGCUCCCAAGCUUAGGCCCAAUUUCUUUGAGAAUCAACUUAAACGAUUGUCUUCACAGGCUAUGCUUCCAUCAUCCUGCCUUCCAUGUGUAUGGAUUUUUUUCUCCAGAUAGACACCCUUCAUUUUAGCUAGUUCCCCAUUCCACAUUGCUCUGUUCUUUCCUAUUUCCAUUUACCUUUGCUCACAUUAUUUCCCUUGCCAAGAACGCCCUCCUCUCCACUUGGCCAAAUCCUAAUUUUCCCCUUUUAAAGCUCAACUUGGGUUUUCAUCUUUCUUGGAAACCUUUCCUUCAGGCUUAUGACCCCCAAUUUCCUUCUCUACCUUCCAAUCAUGCCUCCAAUCUAAAUUUUCUGCUCCUCUAUCAUAGCCAUGUUGUUACCAACAGCUUAACUCCGUCAGGCACAAAUACUAGCUAAUUGUUUCAAGGUUUGAUACUAUCUUUAUAAACAAGACAGGGUUUAUAAGCAUACCUCCUCUACCAUUUUCUGGCUUCUGCAACAGUAUCUAGGCCACAUCCUGGCCCAUUGUAAUUGGUGUUCAAUGGAGCCUUAAAAGUUGGGAGGGAAGAGGAGAGGAAGACAGAUGGAAUAUAAAGUAUUGAUAGAUAUUGAAGACAGAGGCAGAGGAUAUACUUUCCACAAAUUAGGACUAGAGGAAAGCCUUGGAGAAAUAAGGAAAAAAGAGGUAAGUGGCAGAGGCGAUUUUGAGUAUAACCAAGAAUCGACAGUGGGAGAAGGGGAUGGGAAACGAGAGCAUGAUGGAAAGAAUAAUGAACUUGAAUGAGUUCUAGUUCUGUUCAGGUCCUAAUCCAGUUAAGUUUUGACUGUGGACAUCUCCACUUUAAGACACUGAGUUUCGGUUUACCUAAUCUCUAAAACGGUACUAAUAUUUACACCUUGUUAAGUUUGCUGUAGGUAUAAAAAUUGGGUUACCUUCAAAGAGGCUGGGAGUUUUAUUUUUCCCCAAUAUGGAAAGAAAGCCAAUAAGAAAUCUGGAUUGGAGGGCAGGGUUUCUUCCUACAAAGGGAGUUUUAAAGCAUCUCUUACAUCUAGCACAGUUUGCCCUAUGAUUACUUAAGGGAAGGAAAGAAAUCAUACAAUAAUAUGGAGCAAUUAUACAAGGCAGAGGCAGGAAAAGGGAAGCAACACUGAGCCUGGGAGGGAGACAUCUAGAAAAUAAAUGACUGUGAGCACAAUCACUUUCAUCUUAACUAUUCAACCAAUUUUAGUCCAGCACUCAGUUACUUAUGUUUCUGAAGCACAUUUUUGGGGACCAGACCUGUGAUUUCAUUGAUGUAGGAAACUCCCAGUGAGGAAGUUCUCUUUAUCAACAUAGAUGACAAUCUGUCCAGCAAUUACCUGCCAUUUUAGCGUUAUCCAGGGUGGUAAAGAUUAGUUAAGUGACCUACUUACUCAGAGUCACAUAGAUCAGAAUUUCUUAUACUUUUUCCAUUCAUUGUGAAUGAAUUUUGACCAGAGAAAUUUGUACACGACCCCAAGUAUAUAGGUAUAUAAAAUAGGUAUAAAAAUCAAACAUUUACUGGGAACAAAUCCUAAUUUUGCAGAGCCCACAUUCAGUUAGGAGAUCCAACAUGGAUCGCAGAUCACAGUUUAAGAAGCUGGGACAUACACAGUACAUAUAAGAAGCAGAAUUGUAGCUCAGGUCUUCCCAAUUCCACUGGCUGCUCCCUCUCUUUCCAUGGAUUAGGUAAACAGGACAAGUAUUACUCCCAUUUUGUACAUUGGGAAAUUGAAACUGAACGCUUAAAUAAUGUGCCCAGAGUUGUGACUGAGACAAGAUUCAAAUCCAGGGCUUUUGACCAAGCAUAAUAUUCUCUAAUGCCAAAGUCAGCACAUAUCUACCAAACUGUAAGGUAUGAAUAUGGUAAA